GUGGGUCCCACUCCUGCACCGCUCCCUCCCCUCUCUCUCUCUCUGCUCCUUCCAUGAAGUUGUUGGAGAUGCCCAUGGAGUUUUCCUUCCCAUGCCUUCUCGGCGUGCAAGCCACAAAAACGCUUCGGUUAGCUCCUCCUCAUCACCUCUCCUUUUAGUUCUUCUCUCUCUCUCUCUCUCUCUCUCUCUCUCUUCCCCUAUUCCCUGUCUGAUACAUAUCUUGAGGCCAAAGCAAAUUAAGUGGCCAUCAGAUCGAUCGCGAGCCCCUGCACACUGAAGCUGCAGUGAUCUCUCCAGCUCGCAUGCAUGGAAAUUCCUACUGCUAAUGCUCGACACAACGGCCAGGAGGCCAAUAUGGGUGGGUAUGAGUUGGAAGGGAUGCUUGAUCUACUCCAAGAACAGCAGCCGGAGGCGAGGAAGCUGCUCCGGCCGAGGCCGGAGCAGGCCCUGAAGUGCCCGCGCUGCGCCUCCACCAACACCAAGUUCUGCUACUACAACAAUUACAGUCUCUCGCAACCGCGCUACUUCUGCAAGGGCUGCCGUAGGUAUUGGACGCAGGGAGGCUCCCUGCGGAACGUCCCGGUGGGAGGAGGGUGCAGGAAGAAUAAGAGAUGCUCUGGUUCCAGCUCCUUCUCUUCCAAGAUGACCAAGACACAGCCGCCGCCGCCGCCGCCGCCGCAGCAACAAGAUCACCAUGCACCGCUGCCGCUGCUUUCGAGCGACCUCACCUUGGCCUUCACCCACAGCUUCCUAGAUCCGAUGCCGUCUCUCCCAACCAGCUGCACCAACCACGGCUUCGUUGACCUAAUGAGCAAUGAGCUCUAUCACUACGGCGGCUUUGGCAGCAGCAGCAGCAACGGCAAUAAUACCAACGUGAGUGGGGAGGGUGUGGAGGGAGCCGAGAGGCAAGUGCUCCUCCCGUGGCAUGAGCUGCAGGGAGUGGAGUCUUCUGUGCAGGUUAGUGCUCCUCCGUCUUGGCAUGGGCUCAUCAAUGGCUCCUUGAUGGCAGGAGCAAGGGUCAACGACAUGGCAUCGAGUGCUCUCGGAGAAUAUCACUAUGCUUUCUUCUGAGCUACUUUAGAUUAAGUUGUCAUCUGCGCAGUUAUCGUCCUUCUUUUCAUUGUAAUUUUUGGGAUUUUUUUCUUCUUCUUAAUUAAUGAUGUUUUUCCUAUA